GAAAAAAAGGGGAAUGGUUUAGUUGUUUCGUUGCUUCGUACCGACGAGCAUGCUACUACGGAUUUAAAACGAAUACGUUUGAAAAAUUCAACGUUACUAUAUCGAAAAAGUGUUAAAUAACAAUGUCGAGAUUAUUAAUUUUCACGUGUAUCAAUUUAUCUAUCGUCUUCUUGACAAAUUCGAGUCCGUACGAAAGAAACAUUUUGGAUAGCACAAUUGCAACGACGUUAAACGUUUCGAAAGAUAACGAAACGGAAUCGUGUUGUCCGUGUACGAAAAAUGCAACAACAUCCUCGACAGAGAUCAACAACAAUCCUCCGGCCCACAUUUAUCCUCCGAUAAUUCACGGUACUACUUGGAAAUGUAAUUUCGUUGGGAAUAAAAUUAUGCGAGACGAUUAUCAUCAUUCUCCUGGAAUUGGUUCGCACAAAUUACACACGAGAGCAAAGGUUUGGAACGAGGCGAGAAAAAUUUGCAUCGAAGAAGGUGGCCACUUGGCUAUUAUCAACUCUAUCGCCGAAGCUAAUCUACUUUUGGAUUUAUUUAAUCGAUCCGGUCCUAUCAAGGGUGCAGCUUAUAACAAUCAAUUCCUAUUGGGAAUUCAUGAUCUCUACACCGAAGGCGACUGGGUGACAAUAGAAGGUGAUUCCUUGGCAAAAAGUGGAUACAAUGCUUGGACCGACAAAUGGGGAGGUCAACCUGACAAUGGAGGCGGCAUACAAAAUUGCGGUGCAAUGUUAGACGAUGGCAAACUCGACGACGUCGCUUGCAACGUUCCCUUUGCUUUUUUCUGCGAAAUACCUCACUUCUAAUCGAUAUCAUCAAUUUUAUUAAUUAAUAAUCAAGUUAAUUCGCGCGAGAACUUUCUUUCCUUCAUCACGAAUAUUAUAUUUAAAUUUGAAAAAACAUACACACAUAAUUAUGUAUCCAAUUGAUCUAUAAUGGAGAAAAUGUACAAUAACUUUUAUUUUUCAUUGACAUUUGAAAAUAUUAUCAAAGAAAUUGAAUAUUUAUCCCCAUAUCAUUUUGAAAUUUUCCAUAAAUUUGUAAAACGUUAGAAAGGCUUUGUCUAUAUCUCGAGCUUUCGCAAGGUUCGAUCGCGAAACGUAUUGAAAUUCGUAUCAAUUCCCCUCGGCUCCUGCGAUUAUUCGAUUCCAUUGUCGAAACGUUUCUUGGGUCGUUGCAUAUCGAAAAGAAAUAGUGCACCUUAAGCGUUCUAUUUGAAAAGAAGGGAUUCUUAUUUGUCUCCUAAGAGAGAGAGAAAAGCAAUUGAAACGAGUUAUUGGAAGAAUUGUUACAAAAGAAGUGAACUUUUUCAUAAAUAGGAAGGUAAAGAAUAUUAUUAAAACUUUUGUCUUAUCUAUCGAUACACAUCUACACAUAAAACACGAUUAAAUAACUGUGCACGUAGACCCUAAACCCUUUGUCGAACUAAUUACUAUUGCCAAUAAAUGUCCUGAAAGGUAUUUUAGCGGAGAUUAAAGAAUAAUUCGUAAUAACUACCGGUAACAACGGUGAAUAGAAACGAGUUCCAAGAUCUUUCACGAAUUACAAUUCGUGGCGAUAGUUCGUUCGUUCGAAAAUCAUUUGGAAGUCAGCCAAUUCUCUCUCUCUCUCUCUCUCUCUCUUUCUUUCUCUAGCAAUUAUUUCACCCUACUCCCGUGGUACGAACUUGGCCGUCGCAUCAUUCUUUCCGCCCUCUUACUAUUGCCUGAAUAAUAUUCUUCUUUCCAUUUCCAUUAUUCGACUAUUUCUUCAAUACCCUUCAAUAUCACCUGCAUGUGUAUCUUUUAAGAAAGAAAAUUCAAGACGCUCAAAACUAUCUAACAAAUAUUCUAACAAGUAUGUGUGUUUUAAGUGGCCAAUGAUCUCUCUCUCUCUCUCGUAGAUUCAGUUAACAAUUAAACGAAAGGAAUAAGAGGGAGGAAAAAAAAAAGAAUAAGAACAAUAUCGAGUUUUAUCGUAUAUGGCGAAAAAGGCUGAGGAUAAAAAUAGUGUUGUUGAGUUAACGGUGUAAUCGAUACCUACUUUGUGUGCCACCACCACUACCACCACCACCACCACUUUUCUCGUCCUAGUCGUCAGGCACUUGGUCGAAUGCAAAAAAAUAAAAUAACCUUUCGUAAGGGCGAAAUAUAGAGUGCAAAUUUGUGGUUAAAAAAGGACGAAUAAUUGUCGAUCGCAAUAGAAGAAGGAUUGGCAAUCAAAAAUGAUUACCUUGAAAAUAGAGAAUGAAAUAGAGAAAUUCUGGUGGUGUGCAGUAGUAUCGUGCUUUAUUUGAAAAGCUAUUAUUCGAAACUGUAAUUUCAUUAUAAUGCCGCCGCGUUUUCUCUCCCUAACUUUAUUCUCUUCCUCUUUUAUUUAUUCUCUACGACACGACAAUUUGAUCCCGUUUCGUGUUUUGUUAUAACUAUCGCGUGAAAACGCGAGCACCGUUUAAACUUUUGACUCUUACGACGAAAGGAUGGCCUCGAACGCCCGAGAACACCGAGUUUUAUUUAUAGUCGUUAUAACCAGUGGCUUUGGAUGCAAGGACAAAGACAACAGUGUUAUUUGCGAGAUCUUUAUUCUUCAUUAUCGGUAUCGUCAUAAUAGUCAUUGUCGGCGACCCUUCGACCCUUCUUCUUCUUCUUCUUCUUCUUCUUCUUUAUCUCCUUAUUCAUAAGCGAGAGUAGCCCCUACGUUUGACCGACAUGCCAUCAUUGAACUUUUAUACGACGGUGACUCAAGAUCGAUAACAAAAAUAGAAAGAACGAUUACAAAAAAUAUAAUUAGGAUCUUUUAAUAUGUUAAUUGCAGGCCACAUUUUUGUUCCUUUUUCCAUGGGAAUGAUAAUAUAACAACAACAAAAAUGUUCGAUUGGGUAACAUUAAAACUUCCCGAAAUGAUCGUAUUCGACCAUUUCUCCUUACACCAACGUCGUAUUCGAGUUGGAAUAGUUUUUUAAAAACUGACAAAGAAAAAGAGUAAAAUUGUAGUAAUAAAUAAUAUUGCGAAUAAAAGAACGACGGAAUCCAG